UAAAACUGACAUUUGCCGGUAAAUUCCCAUCUCAUAACAAUUUCUGUCGUCCUGUGAAAUUGGUUUGUUCUUGAAAUAGCUACAAUUGAACCGACAGAUAGUCAAAUAUCAAAUUGAAAUAAGUUUACUUCGUUUCGUCAAAGAUUAAUCGGGAAUUACAUCACAGUACUGUCGUAUGUAGUUGUUAUUGUAAAUGUUGUAAAUCCGUGUCGAAUCGAACAUAGUUUCCUUUUUACGAUCGCAGCAAUCGUGUGCGUGUGCAACGCAACAUACGAUCGUCACACCCAUAAGGGAGUUUGAUGCGAACAACAUGAGCUGAUGCACUCUUCUUGCAUAAUAAUUUCUGAAAUCUUGCAAAAUGCCAUUAAAAUGUUCAUACGUGGAAUGCGUCAGCUUUGAUUUAGCUGACGACAAUCAACUCGCAUUUUAUCAAGAUUUAAACAACGGCGGCUGGAACCUUGCUCUUGGGCCCGAAUAUUCAAUUCCUGAUGGUGUAUUGCCACCAAAUAUUCGCCUCGUUGAAUCCGGCAAUGUACGAUGUCCCUAUAACGUUGUGUGUGGCCGGUGUAUGGCCAAAAUCGGUAAAGUUAAUGAAAUUUGCGGAUUUCGUCAAUUAUCCGCCAAUUUCAACGGAAAAAAAGUGUCACUGCUGCGUUCGAGUCAUGACCGACCAUCUGGCAAUCAAAAGUGGUCGAACAUCAUUUCAUCAUUCCGUCACAUCCGACAAUUGACGGCAACCGUUGAAAGUAAUGUUGUUCUUGUCGGAUCCGAUACGAUCAAUUUUCACGGUGUCAAGGAUCUGGACGAAAUGAUUGACGUUGGUAAUGCGGUGUCCCGACGCAGUAAGCUGUAUCCACGGAAUUACCAGUUUCGGUCCUAUUUUUUCUCCUGCUACAACAACGUUCUCCUAUGCCUGCCAACAGGUAUGGGAAAGACACUCAUAGCCACCAUGUUAAUGAAGGCGUAUCACCAACGAAACCCGAUAAAAGGGCAAACAUUCAUUGUUCCUACAGUUGUCCUGGUUGAGCAGCAAGCGAGCGUCGUUGAACGCAACACCGGUUUGAAAGUGAUGCGCCGUUGUGGUGAACAAAAUAAUAGGACACCAUGGUCAUCUGAUGAAAUUUGUGUGUGCACACCAGCAAUGCUUCUGAAUGCAAUCAAAAUGCAAAUGGUUGACAUGUCGCAACAAUCCUUGCUCGUUCUGGACGAAGUUCACGAAGCCAACAGUCCACUAUCGCCAUACGGAUUACUGUUACCCUACUUACUAAAAUGUCCAGCCUCGCAACGACCAAGGGUUUUGGGUCUAUCUGCCUCACCAUCCAGUUCGAAUGCUAUGAAUAUCCGUCAAAGUAUUUCGUCGUUGUGCGACAAACUUAUGGCCGUACCUUAUACACCGCUGGUCGAUGACGGUGAGUUUGUCAAGAGUGUGAAUUGUGAAUUCGUCGGAAUCUACAAAACGUCAUUCGAAUUGAAGUACGAGGCAUUCAUCAUCGAAUCGUUGGAGAAAUUGUCUCGUUUCCACGACUUUUUUAAAAGCAACUGGAUCCCGAUACCGCCGAAUGUGUCCACGCAAAUUAAAACCGACAUUGUCGUGAAAUCACUCAGCCAUUCGAAAAUGAUUGCACAGAACAUGGCUGAUGUGGCGCUUUUCGAGCUAACGCAAUGGAUGAAGAAAUGGAUUGAUUCGUUGGAUUUGUUGCAAAUAUUCGGACCACGGAAGUUAAUAGACUUCAUUCGAGCUGAUCUGAAAUUCGUUGAGAGGAACGAUACGCUAAGGAAAAUCUCACCGGCAAUGGGUGCGUUUGUAAAACAAAUGCAAAGUGGAAUUGAGAGAAUUGAGCGCGAGCAUAGCAUUGCAGACAAUUCACCGAAAUUGGACGAAUUGCUACGCCGCCUGAAGGUCCAUCUGAAUGACGACGAACGAAUUCUAAUUUUCGUAGAUCGUCGUAAUACCGCUGAGAGGCUGUGCCGUAAGCUCAAAAAUGAGUCUGACCUUGCCCACAUGAAUCCAUCGUUCGUUGUUGGAUCGUCGGGAACGAACUUUCCCAAAGAGCUGCAGCAAUCCAUUUUGGAGAUGUUCAGCCGGGGGGAAUGCCGAGUAUUGAUAAGUACGUCAGUACUUGAGCAAGGAGUAGACGUUGCCGCCUGUGGUCUUGUCAUUUGCUUCGACGGUAUCAAAUCCGUAAAGUCAACAAUCCAAUCGCGAGGACGUGCCCGAAAAGAUCUAGCCAAUUUCGUGGCAUUCGUUGUGUCAGAUGAACAACGAAAGACAAACGAACUCACUCAACUGGAAAUAUCGAUGGACUAUGCAAUACGGCAAUUGAUGGUCGAGUACAAAUCGGCUUUCGAUCCGUACGUGAAUGAGAAAGUCGAAGCAUUUUUAGAGUCCGAUCGGCUGACGGUGAACGAGAAUGAGUACUCCGACGAUGAAGAGGCCGAUGAUGACGAACUACUUCUGAGCAUGCCGAACGGUGGAAAUGUUCUCCAUUUUCGUUUCUUUAAUUUCGUGAACAAAAAACAUUUGAUCGAGUCUCUGGUCGAUCACAUUGAAAAUUGCAUCUCCUCUCGAGUGGAUCGUAUCAGAUCGGGAUUGAUAUACGCUCAAUUUACUGUUGCGGACGUCACAGUUGAUUCCCAGAUAAUAAGAGAAAUCUCUUCAAUUGCAUCAAACAGAAAAAAUUCACGUUUACGCUCAUGGUUCGAUGUGUCGUAUAGAACUGCCAAAUCCGACGAAGAAAGUGAAUGUAACGCAUUCAAUGGGCUCGACUUUGAUGAAAUGAGAGGAUUUUAUUUCAAUGACUUCUUAACCGUUUGCUACGAUUCGAAUUGCAUCUGGAGCGGAAAAUUCCAGUUUUCCAUUCGUGGCAACGAAAUCGUACUUUCGUCUAGUAAGUCUGGCCAGUUUAUCAUUCGUGCGAUGGACAUUGAUGGACCGGUGUUAAUUAACGACUGUAAUCAAUGCUUCGAAAUCUUUUUGUGUCUACGGCUUCCGCCAUGUUAUUUCACCGGAAACGAAUUGGAUCAUUUCGAUUUUAACAACAACAGCUUCAAUCUCCGUUUAAAGUGCAACAUUCCGGUUCGUUCGGACAUUUCGUGGGGCAUACGCAGUGCCUUACAGAAUCUAAAUGUUCAGGUCAACAAUGUGUGUAAUCUGAGACAAACGAACAACAUGGAACGGAGUGGGAAUCGAAGUGGGAACUCGAACGAUUUCAUGAGAAAUUACCUCAUCAGUGCUUGGCACAGUACCCAUGCGGCUGUUCUUCCAACCCACUUACCAGCAUCGAUUCUUAAUCACUUGCAUAGUUGCGGAUCAGUCGCCAAUUUGAUGCUGUUGCUAAACAACACGAAGCCAACACGCUUUCACACUCUUCGCAUCGAUCAGAUUGCCGAUGUGAAAUUACCGUUUCCUGAUUGCAGUCCUCAGCCGAGCAAUUAUGCCUUAAUUGGUCGAGUUAAAGUAACUCCUUAUCGCUACAUAUUCACUGGUUUAGAACCGGUACCGGUCAAUCGGGUUUUUCGUUACUUUCCCAACCCCGACAACUUUCUGAUGGUCUCAUUUUGCGAUGAAUAUGGCGGCAAUCCAUGGCGAUCGGGAAAAGUGUGUUUUAGAUUUCUUUGCGUGCUCACUGAAGGCAUUCGAGUGGGCGACACUUAUUUCAGUUUCCUGGGAUGUUCGAACUCACAGCUGCGUGAAGGUCGUUGUUGGUUCUCAUCAUUGGAUCGGCAGAAAGUUUACGACAAAAUUGGACAGUUUCCAAAUAGUUGGAAUGCUGGGAGAAAAUUGACUCGAAUAGCUUUGGCAUUUGCCGCAAGCGUUGUGACUGUCGCAUUGGAUAAUGAACGGUAUAUGAAAACGGUUGCCCCUGACGUGGAAAUCGGUGACGUAAACUUUAGCGAUGGCAUUGGUCGGGCAUCGCGAGACAUUUUCAAAAAAGUGACAAAAAUUCUAGGAAUACCAGAAUCAACGUCGGCUCUGCAGAUUCGCGUCGGAGGAGUGAAAGGUGUAGUGUCGGUGUACGAUCAGGAAGAGGAUUUCAUGUUUCGCAAAUCGAUGAAGAAAUUUGAAAGCGAACAUAAUAUGCUGGAGGUGUUGAAUUACAGCCGUCCGAUUCAGCUGUGUCUCAACCGACACGUCAUCCUGUUGCUGUCCAGCUUUGGUGUGCCCGACAAUGUUUUUCUCGACAUGCAACACAAUCUGCUGAUGAAGAACAUCGACAUAUUGGCCGACGACGAAGCUUCGCUCAAAUUCGUUGUGUCUCACUCGAACAUCUUCGAUUGGCAUUUGUUUUCACGCGAACAUCUCGUUCGAGAGCCGUUUUUCCAGCAGAUGCUUUUCAGUAACAUUAAUGAUCUAAUCGCUGGCAUCACGAAUUAUUCUCACAUUCCAGUCUCCAAUGGUCGUGUGUUGAUGGGUGUUCUGGAUGAAACCGGAACUCUGGAUUAUGGUGAAGUCUAUGCAAACAUUGUGGAAGAAAAUAAUGAGUUUGAAUUGGAAGGUAGAGUUGUGGUUUUUCGCAAUCCGUGUGUUCUUCCGUCGGAUAUUCGUGUGCUCAAUGCUUGUAAAAGAACCGCCGCCACUGCUCCUCUGAAGAAAUUGUAUCAAAAUUGUCUGGUCAUUCCAUCAAAAGGAGCGGAUUCACACGCAAGAGAAUGUGCUGGCGGUGAUUUGGAUGGGGAUCUCUACUACGUCAUCUGGGAUAAGGAUCUGCUUCCGAAAAACUUAAAAGUUCCGGGCGAAAAAAUUGUCGAAGUUUUUACAGAGGAAAAAAAGGCUCCGUUUACCGGUGAUUCAAAUGGUCUGGCUACAACGAUUCAGUUUUUCUGCGACUAUGUCUCAAAGAACCAACUGGGCGUUAUUGCGAAUGCUCAUCUGGCUGUUUCUGAUUCACUUGGUAUGCGUGAUCCGAAAAGCAUCCAACUAGCGCGAUACGUAGCUGCAGAGACUGACGCACCAAAGAAAGGACUGACAGUUGGCAAAGUCGAUUCAAAACUACUUCCGACAGCCUAUCCAGAUUUCAUGCAAAAAGCGGACAAACCAAUGUAUCGGUCGCCUACCGUGCUCGGUAAACUCUAUCGUGAAUCGAAGCCGAUUUUCGAAAUAUUUCUCGAGAAAAGAGUUGCCGCUUCUCCGGUAUCGAAAUUUAAUUUCAUCGGCGACAGCAAGUCCAUUGAGAACAUGUACGAGGCGUAUGCUUUUGAAGUGAAAACAUUGUUGCAGCGAUUCGACCUGCAAUCGGAAGUGGAUUUAUUUUCCGGCACACCAAUGUGGCGAGAGGAUUACAUGUCGACACACAAGCAGCAACAUCAGUUGCGUGAAACGCUUAUGGACAAUGUUCGACAAUUUUGGAAGAAAUGGAGCGUUCGGUUCGAGAAAUGGCGAGUGGACAUCGGCAAUAAUCAACAGAAAAUUCUCGAAUGGUACAGCAAACCGAGAUCGUCACCGUGGGCCCUUCACAGUUUUUCAUUCUUGGCAUUGCCAUUCAUACGUUUCGAUCAUUGCAUCAUGAAAACAAUUUCCGGAAAAAUAUUCGAGUCAACCAAACGAUGGGUGCACAGAAAUAAAAUGCGAUGGUUGAGCGAAUGGCGUGUACGCUACAAUAUUGGUCAAGUAAUCAUGCAAAAGUUGGAGGGAAUCGAGUGUCAUUACUAUGGCAGUUCGAUGUUGGGACUGAGCGAGGAGUUUUCCGAUAUUGAUUUCUAUAGCAGCGACGACGACUUUGUGAAAUUGCGCAGUUUGCUGAAAUGCCUGGAUGAGAACGCCAUGAACAUUACGAAACCACACGCUUGUGUUACUUUGUCCAUCGAUUCACUCAAUAUUGACGUCACAAAUUUUUUGGGUGGUGUUACCAAGACUUACGGAUUGGCCGCUAUAUUCGACGAAAACCCUGCAUACUGGAGUGCUCUUCGAGUCCUUACUGAAUGGGCCCGCACAGUUCGAAUAGUGAAAUCGUGCGGGAGUCAAGGAAUAAUGACGGUCGUCUCAUUUUGUCACUUGUUCAUCUACUUUGCAACAGCAUCGGCACCGAAGUAUUCGUCGGAUAUAAGACCGUACACCCUGAUGAGAUUGGGACACUGGAUGGAGUCGGUUCAGCAUUCAGUCUGCGGAGCACUCAUUUACGAUUUCCUUACAUUUCUCGCAGAUCGAAACAAUCGAGCAUGUAUUGCGGCUGCAGUGGAUCCGCUGAAUGGUGAUCCGUUGAUAAAAAGUGAUUUAAUAGAUGAACUGUGCACGCAAGGAGAGCAUGCGUUAGUGCUGCUGACUGUACAUGAUGGAGAUGUUCGAAAGUUAUUCCAGUUUUGUACAAAGAAAAGGCUGUUCCGCCUUGACAAGCGUUACAUUGAUCCGAAAAAUGCAUCGGACGAGAAGAAGAGGCAAUGUCUGAAAGAGAUCGUAACGAUUUGCAAUUCUACAAGAAGUCAAAAUUUGCUGUUUGAACUGGUUGAGCGUAACGGACUUUUCUAUGUCGAGGUAAUUGGCGACUACAAGUAUCUACCAGACGUUGAAAAAGGAAUCCAAAGCAUUCAUAACAAAGUCAUCAAUACCCGAUUACGCAUUGGAACUUUACGCUACAACACAUUCCAUGUGGCAAACUCAACUGUGAUUGUCACAGAAUUCGGAAGUGGACCGUUGACAGAAGUAUCAUUUGCAACAUAUAACGGCGACCUGUACACAGCCCGACACACUGGCUUUUGGAAGUCCCGAUUAACAUGUCGAAGUGCACACCCGAAUCUCAACUGGCAUACCACCGAAUACAGUCGAUAUCAGAUGCAAUUCCUGAAACAAAUUCGUUUAUUCCGGGAAAAGAGGCAGAUCAAUUUCGGUAAAUCGAAAAUUAAACGCUUCUUUAGUGACAUGCAGUGCAAUAUCCGUUGUGGCAAUCAUUACUUUUUCAACGUUCCGGAGACGUUGUGCAAUUCCUUCGAAACGCUGACACUACAAACGAUAGAGGAGAAGGUUUCACAUUUAGAGGAAGCUUUGAUUUUGGAACAGCACAACAACAUCAUCAGUGAUUUGCAGGACUCCCUCACGUUAAUAAAAACCGCUAACAAGAUCGACGACAAAAAACCUUUGAUGUUGAUGCCAUUGAGCGAAAUGAAAAACCGAUUCGUCGGAAAGAAAGCAAGUAAUAAGGAGGCCAUUCCGACUACAACUGACAGUAAGACCAACGGCAUUCGUCAUUCAUUCUAUCCCGUCUGGAGUUUGGGUCUGGAGGGUGCUCGACAGUUUGCUGCUCAGCAUGGUUUUAAGGAAGUUCGAAGUAGUGCAUAUGAUCAUGACGCUUUUUACACAACAAUAUCAGUUUACUGGCGUCAGCGGGAACUGGUAAUUAAGUGUGACAAAAAUGGAAUGAUAAUCGAAAUUCGCCAUAGAAGCACGCGAUGGCUAUCAGCGUCAUUUCACAGUGCAGGAAACGAAGGUGGCGGUGACGUACGCAGUUAUUUGGAAUGCCGAGCUAUUCUCGACGAGGAUGAAUCGUGCAUCGAAACCAUUGUGGAAUAUAUGCAGGGCCGCUCGAUUUAUACGGAGAGUUUUGUAAAACAAUUUAAGAAAUGCUACAAUUGGGACGAAAUGGACGACGACGAGUCAUUUUCACCCAGACCUCUGAUUCCGGACGUAUUCCAGUUGAAUUGGCGAUUCCGUAGCAUGCGACUUGCUUCACCCGUACUGAAGUUCGUGAACAGCGAUAAUGAUGUGCUUUGGCUGCACAACAUCAACGACGGAAUUUUCCAAUUUCAAAAAAGUGAAUUCGAAUGGUUUCCCAAUCAUUUCGAAUUUGAGAUGCAAUUGUGCAUGGAUGAACUGAGCGAUGAAACAUUGUGCCGAAAGUCCUACGACUACAGUUUGCAUUUAUUCAAUUACAUGAAAGCUUCAGCGGCCAAGCAAAAUUAAAUGUUAAAUGUUUUAUAAAUGUUGUCCCGAUAAUGUUACACUGAAAUGAAUAAAGCUGGUACGCAUUUUAA